AAAGGCUCUUGAGCACCAUACCAAAACCAUAACAUGAACAACACUCAAACUAAUAUGGCUUUCAAGUUGUUCGCUUUUGCCGCCCUCGUGGCCGUUGCCCGUGCCGGAGUCAUCAGUGCACCCUACCAUGGAUAUGCUGCUCCUGCUUACGCUAAAGUUGCCGCCCCUGUCGCCGUCGCCAAGACUGUCGUAGCGGACGAUUACGACCCGCAUCCACAAUACAAUUUUGCAUAUGACAUCCAAGACAGUCUUACUGGAGACAGUAAAAGUCAACACGAAGUGCGUGAUGGUGAUGUAGUGCAAGGAAGUUACUCUCUUGUAGACCCCGAUGGCACUAAACGUACGGUCGAAUACACCGCCGAUCCAAUCAAUGGAUUCAACGCCGUCGUCCAUCGUGAACCUCUCGCCGCCAAGGCUGUUGUUGCCAAAGUCGCCGCUCCCGUCGCUUACGCCGCCCCCGUUGCCAAAUAUGCCGCCCCAAUUGCUAAAAUCGGUUAUGCUGCUCCAGUAGCUAAAUUUGGCUAUGCCGCUCCAGGCCAUUACUACCACUGAACUGAGUUUGUAAUAAAUGUAAAUUAUUUAUUUAUUUAAUAAAAUUGUAAAGCUUGAAUGUGA